AGCUUUUGGUGCCUGGAGGAGAGGCUGUCUUCAGCAUAAUAGCUAACAUGGUGUUUUACACAGCGUUUGAAGAAAUGGCGAAAGACUCGCGUUGGGCGCGGUACAUGCAGGACGUGGAGGAGUUCGUUUCUCCGUACCAGCACAGUGAGGACCAAGUGAGCGACUUCCGCCAGCUGCUGCAGAGCGAGGGCUACCAGGUGCUGCGCUGCGACGUGGCGCCGCAGGUGCUCUUCUUCCCGAGUGAGAUGCAGCGCAGAGAUUUUCUGAAGUCAGUAUGUCCAUUCCUGGACCGAGUUCCGGAAGACCAGAAGGAUAAUUUCUUAGAUGAUUGGCUACAGCGUAUGGAGAAACUGAAUGGAUUAUCAAAGGACGUUGGAAGCAGUGAAGAGCCGAAAUACUACAUGCACUUUAACAUAAUGGUGGCUAUGGCCAGAAAACUGUAAUUGGGA